AUGGCCGCCAACAAAGCCGCGCUCGAGAAGCAGGACAGGGCUCGCGAUGCCGCCUUCAACAAGGCCAUGCACGGCGAGUCUGCCACCGCCGCCGGUGGUAUCCGUGCCAUGUUCAGCAAGGGCUCCGACGCCAAGAAGGCUGCCGUCGACGAGUAUUUCAAGCACUGGGACAACCAGGCUGCUAAGGACGAGACUGAGGAGACUCGCCAGAAACGUAUCGCCGAGUAUGCCACCCUGACCAGACAUUACUACAACCUGGCAACCGACAUCUACGAGUACGGCUGGGGUCAGUCGUUCCACUUCUGCCGUUACUCGAUCGGCGAGCCCUUCUACCAGGCCAUUGCCCGCCACGAGCACUACCUCGCCCACCAGAUCGGGAUCAAGGAGGGCAUGAAGGUGCUCGAUGUCGGCUGCGGUGUCGGUGGGCCUGCGCGCGAGAUCGCCAAGUUCACCGGCUGCCACGUCACCGGCCUGAACAACAACGACUACCAGAUCCAGCGCGCCACCCACUACGCCAAGAAGGAGGGCAUGGCCGACCAGCUGGCCUUUGUCAAGGGCGACUUCAUGCAGAUGGACUUCCCCGACAACAGCUUCGACGCCGUCUACGCCAUUGAGGCCACGGUCCACGCCCCUGAGCUCUCGGGUGUCUACAGCGAAAUCUGCCGUGUGCUGAAGCCCGGCGGUGUCUUUGGUGUCUACGAGUGGCUCAUGACCGACGAGUACGACAACGACAACCUGCACCACCGCGAGAUUCGUCUCGGAAUCGAGCAGGGCGACGGUAUCUCCAACAUGGUCCGCGUCUCGGAGGGCCUGAAGGCCAUGGAGACGGCCGGCUUCGAGCUGCUGCACCACGAGGACCUCGCAGACCGCCCCGACCCCUUCCCCUGGUACUGGCCGCUCGCCGGCGAGUGGAAGUACAUGCAGACGGUCUUUGACACGUUCACGAUAGCGAGAAUGACCAAGUGGGGACGCUGGGCCGCGCACAACUUCGCCGGAGCGCUGGAGAUGCUGAGACUGGCGCCCGCGGGCACCAAGAAGACGGCCGACAGCCUGGCACUGGCGGCAGACUGCCUGGUGGCCGGCGGUGCGGAGAAGCUCUUCACGCCCAUGUACCUGAUGGUCGGCAAGAAGCCCGAGAAAUAG